GCUCCUGCGCCUCCCCGCGGGUUUGCGACAUUUAGCGACUAUCGCGCCUGCGCCAGCGCCGGAGCGGCUGGGGCUGUGGCUGCUCGUGCCGGGUGAUGCUGGGCGGCUCCCUGCACUCCUGGCUGUUGCGCGGUGUGUGUGGGAGUCGCGGGCGGUUCGGGGCGCAGAGUGCCCAGGAAGGUGGCGCAGCCAUGGCGGCAGGGGAGAGCAUGGCCCAGCGGAUGGUCUGGGUGGAUCUGGAGAUGACCGGAUUGGACAUUGAGAAGGACCAGAUUAUUGAGAUGGCGUGUCUGAUAACCGACUCUGAUCUCAACAUUUUGGCUGAAGGUCCUAACCUGAUUAUAAAACAGCCAGAUGAGUUAUUGGACAGCAUGUCAGAUUGGUGUAAAGAGCAUCAUGGGAAGUCUGGUCUAACCAAAGCAGUGAAGGAGAGUACCAUUUCAUUGCAGCAGGCAGAGUAUGAAUUUCUGUCCUUUGUACGGCAGCAGACUCCCCCGGGGCUCUGUCCACUCGCAGGAAAUUCAGUUCAUGCAGAUAAGAAGUUUCUUGACAAAUAUAUGCCCCAGUUCAUGAAACAUCUUCAUUAUAGAAUAAUUGACGUGAGCACUGUUAAGGAACUGUGCAGACGCUGGUAUCCAGAAGAAUAUGAAUUUGCACCAAAGAAGGCUGCUUCUCACAGGGCACUUGAUGACAUUAGUGAAAGCAUCAGAGAACUUCAGUUUUACCGAAAUAACAUCUUCAAGAAAAAGACAGAUGAGAAGAAGAGGAAAAUCAUGGAAAACGGGGAGAACGAGAGGCCCGUGAGUUGAUGCAGCGCCCAGGCUGCAGCGCCCCGGAGCAGCGUCUGGCGGUGGGGUUCAUGCCCCCGCCCGCGCCCCUCCUCACACUUCACCGCACCUCCGAUUCUCCCGCGACAGCGCCGCACGCGAUUGGCCUCCUAACACGCUGUUUUCACUUAUGACAGCAGCUGCUUUGUAAGUGCCAGGUCAUGUCCAUCCCCUGGUACAAACCUGCAUUUGCUUUUAGAUCAUUUCUUCUUCUUCUUUU